CAAGUGUGUCACAACAGGCAACAUGGCCAACGGACCACCCUCGAGAUGCAGGGCUUUGGUGGUAACGGCGGGUAAAUACCUGUCAAAAACCUCACAGCUGACAAUAUUCCGGCCCCCGAGGCGCACGCUGGGCACGGACGGGACUGGGGUGGGGGGAAAGGAGACGGCGGCUUGUGGUCCACCAGAGCUCGGUGGUUCCUGGUCCGCCUUGGGCAGGACCCAACCAGGCAUGAUAUACCGAGACGUGAAGGCUUUUCUCAGCGAAGUUGGCGGAGACCCCAGGGAAGCCCGUUACUGGCUCACACACUUCCUGAGAGCAACUUCGACGAAGUCACCCUUUGCUGUGGUUGAGGUAGACAGCCCCGUGUUUGACAGCAGGGAAAUGGUUCAGUGCCUGGCCUUUGGACUGUCUUUUCUACAGCGGAUGGACAUGAAGGUUGUCGUGGUGAUGGGCAUGUCUGGAUAUGUUCCAGCAGUGGGAGAUUCUCAGAGUGCCGAGGGUCUGGUGGAGCGAAGUCAGCAGCUGACUGAAGUUCUGCAACAGCAGGCAGCUACUGUCCUGCCAUUCUUCUCGGCUGAGGCCUUCCUAAUGCUGCAUGAACCUCCACGUGGAAGUAGCACUCUACCAUCCGUUGCCGUUGAUACCAGCCUUCUCCAAUGGUGUCUAAAUUGUGGGAUGAUUCCUUUGGUUUGCCCUGUUGGGAAGAAUAAGCAAGGUGGCUCAGUCAUUUUGGACCCAAUGGAAGUUACGGCAGCAGUUUCUCGUGCCUUGCAGCCCUACAAAGUCAUGUUCUUGACCAAAUCUGGAGGUCUGCGGAACCAGGAAAACAAGGUGCUGGGUACGGUGUCGCUGCCUGGCAACCUCCCUUGUCUGUCCACAGCACCAUGGCUAAGCGCUGCAGAGCGUCACAGGGUAGUCGGCAUUGCCAGACUGCUCAACUAUCUGCCUACAGAGUCCUCUGCAGUGAUCACGUCUGCUGACACACUGCUGACAGAGCUGUUCAGUCACAGAGGGUCUGGAUCACUCUUGAAAAACAGAAACCCCAUACACCGGUACAACUCCUUCGACAGGAUCGAUGUGGACCGUCUUUUGGCUCUCAUCAACAAGGCAUUUGACAAAACUCUGCAGAAAGAUUACAUUGACUCUCUGAAAGGACGGCUGCAUUCGGUCUACCUCUCUGAAGGCUACACAGCUGCAGCCAUUGUCACCAUGGAAGUGAACACACCCUACCUUGAUAAGCUGGUGGUGAGCAGCAGCGAGCAGGGCCAGGGCACCGGUGACGUCAUGCUGGAGUGCAUCAGAAAAGAUCUCAGCAAACUCUUCUGGAGGUCCAGAACCACCAACAAGGUCAAUCCCUGGUACUUCAAGCACUGUGAUGGAAGCUUUGUGAAUGGGGAAUGGACCGUGUUUUGGUACGGUCUGACAGACAUCCGAGAAUCAUAUGAGCUUGUGGAGUAUGCUAAGAAUCUUCCUAACUCUUUCCAUGUCUCCCCUCUCAUGCCUUCCCAGAAGGUGAGAGCAUCCUAAAACUGAUGCGUGAGCCCCUUAACCUUCCAUAAUGUUAAGCAAUAAUUCCUUUUAGCUGCAAAAAGGAUUCACAUUAAACCUUUGUGUAUUUUUAAGGUUGCCUUGAGUUGUUCAUUGAGCACACGGGAACAGGAACUGCCAACAAGUGCA